UUAGACACAGCGCUAUUUUGGGGCUCUUGUCACAUUAGUCGUCAGAUUCAUAGCGCUGCUGGGCUGGGUCACGCUGCUAGGACUCACCACUCACUUGAUCGACACAAAUAAACACCAAGAAAGAGCCUUGAAACCGGGUUAAUUAAAAACGUUUCAUAGUUCGUCUCGUCAGUAGCGUUUGUGCUUUGACGUACCUUUGGAAGUUAUCGAGUGUAAAUUCUUUGGUGUUUUCGAGACACACGACGCUUCUGAAACUUUUGCGUGCGUAAAGACGUUGGAAGACGAAAUGGGGGAGACUGAUGUUCAAAUGGAGAGUACAGAGCAAAUGCAGGAGCCUCACGCUUCAAGCUCGGACAAAAUCGACUUGUCAUUAGAUGACAUUAUAAAGCUGAAUAAGAAGGAACAGAAGGCAAACAGAGCUGCCAACAGAGCUCAAACUAAACGUGCUGUUAACAGGAACAACGUCUUGAAGAAACUCAACCAGGUUCCACAGCAACAGAGGGGACUCAGACGAGGAGCGCAGCAGUACCAAGGGCCUGGCAGGGGGAGAGGGUUAAGGAGACAAAGAGGAUCCGGGAGGGGCAUGAUGUUGAGAAGGGAUUCACUAAAUGCCGCUGCUGCCGCUGCCACGACUGGUGAACAGUUUGAUCAGACCACAUUCACAUCGAGGGGCACAUUCAGAGGACGGGGAAGAGGUAGAGGAAGAGGAGGCGGACUGAGCAGGGGUGCAUUGUCAGCAAGAGGACAAAGGGGUGGAAGACCAUUUGUAUUAGACAGAGGGGUAAGAAGGACAAUCUUUAUUAAUAAAUCAACAUUCAACAAAAAAAAAACAUUCACAUUAUACAAAACCUAUACACGGAUUGACCUUCGAAGUCGAAGAACAGCACCAUCUGGCUCCACGCUGACAGUAUCCCUGCCAAAUGCUAAAUCUGCACCUGUCGCUGUGAAGACAUCUAAUCAAACUAGGAGGGGUGGGGCAGUGUUAAGGGGCAGAUCAUCUAGAGGAGCCGGUACUUCGUCAUCUAUGGGGAUUCCUCUGCAAUUUAACUACAAAGCAACUACUAACCAGACUGCCGUAUACCUUAAUGACCGUUUCACUGACCUGAGGUUAAGAGGGCAAGAACGAGGCCGGGGAAGAGGUGGUGGAAGAGGAGCUGUUGGAGGAGGGGGAAGAGGUGGAGGAAGAGGAAACAUUGUUGGGGGUGGACGAGGUAGAGGACAAGGAAACAUAGGUGGUGGAAGAGGCAGAGGAAGAGGAAACUUUAUGGGUGGUGGAAGAGGAAGAGGAAACUUUAUGGGGGAUGGCAGAGGAAGAGGAAACAUUAUGGGGGGUGGCAGAGGAAGAGGAGGGGUUGGUGUGGCAAGAGGAGGAAGAGGCUUGAGAAGAGGGAGUGGAGGAUCAAGAGGAGCCGAUCGAACAGUAACUCUUCAGUGAUUAGAAUUACAACCAAUUUUAUGAAGUAAUAGUGUUUACUGAAAAAUUAAUUAUUUUUGGUAAAAAAAAUUUUUUUUUUGGUGCAUCACUAUUUACUGUCAUGAUGUCAUUCAACUAAAUAUUUGUAACAUUUCUGACAGCGGGAUAAGGGGGGUUUAUUGCAGUGUACAAACAAAAAAAAAGUCCUUUUUAAAAGAAUGUAAAUUAUUGAUUGUUAUAUGAUGAAGGUUUUUAAAUUUUUAGGUUAUGAAAAAAUAACAUUUUAAAAAGUACCUCAGAGGGUAAUGAAGUGCCUCUUCAAAUUCAGUGUAAAUACUGUUUUGCAUUCUGACAUUAGAAGGUAAACUCAGUGAUAAAAACUGAAUCCUAUACUUAAAAAAUGUAAAUAUAUCAAAAGUUGUUUACAUUUGAUAUCAUCAUAUCAAUAAACACCAAACA